CGUCCCAGUGGUUCCUCUCACAGAAUAGUUGCUUUGAACUAGUUUGUUUCUCAACGCUCUUCAAAUAUAAACAUAUUAGAAAUUUAAUUAAACAAAUGGCUAAAUUAGAUGUCCAACCCGUUAAAAAACAAAAGGCCAAGAAGAGGAAAAACUCUUGUGUCGAACAUGAAGAUGAAGUAGCAAAUAAAAGUUUAAUAUUGGAGAACACCACUCCUCAUGAUACAGAAGUUGUCACGGUCAACCAUGAGCAAGGGGUUUCCAAGAAAACAAAAAAACGCAAAAACAAAGAAAAAGGUGCCGUCAAGGAGAAACGUUCAAAGUCGCAUAAGACUGUUGACAGCGGUGAGGAUGAUGAACAACACGAGGUAGAGCAACAUGAUAAUGACGAAGAUAAUGAUGAUGAUGGAACAAUAGAACCCACCUUAGAACAAUUGAAAGAAAGUGAGAAACCCGAAAAUACAUUAGCCAUAGUCACAGGUCGUCAAAAGAAAAAGCAAAAACAUCAGAAACUUCUGGAGGCACAGAAAGAGCAUUCCAUGGAAAAGGAAAGGCAACGUAAUGAAGAAUAUCUAAAAAAGUGGAAACAUUGUCGUGAAGAUUGGAAAUUUGAAAAACUUCGACAAAUAUCCAUACAACAGAGCAUGUUCGAUGAGAAUAUUUUAAGUACAGAAUAUUGGAAUAUUGCCUUGGAAUAUUUGGCUGGUAGCAAGGGUGCUGCCAAGGACAAAGUUAUUAAAAUGGCAAAUGAUGUUAUCGAUGAAGUCGAUAAACAAUGCGAAGCAAAGGAAACAGAAGAGGAACGACAACAGUUGGUUAAUUCUGUAAAAUAUCAAAGAGCGCGAGAUUUACUACAAAUAUUUGACUGAUGCAAUUAGAUUGUAAUUUGGAAAAAUACCUGAAGUUAAUAAAAAUUUUAAAAUAUUCGACAAUGUUAUUAGAAAUUAUAAAA